AUGGAACACGAACUAUACCAUCAGCAUCAUUCCUUAGACCUUCCGCAAGUGCUGGUACUUAAACCACCAGCAUUCUUCAAAUACCUUGAAGACCAAUUAGUCAAUAAGUUCCCUCUUUUGAAAGCAUGGGAGUCACCAUUAUCUCAAGAUAAGUUCUUGAAACCCCAUGCGCAUUCAGUUCAAGCCAUGAUAUGCUUAGCAUGUGUGUCUGCCUAUGCUGCCAUCCUCCAACUGCUGCCUGCUCUGCAUCUCAUUGUCACUGACAGUGCUGGCCUCAAUGCUGGAAACAUUUUUUCUAAGGAUGGGGCAGAGAUGACAGUGGGGUUGUUGAUUGAUGUGUUGAGAAAAAUUUCUGCUGCUGAUCAGUAUGUGAGGCAAGGGCAUUGUGAUGUCCUCAUCAUUUGUUGUGGAUUAACUGACCAAACCCGUAACAUGGUAAGUAAGGAAGUUGUAAUGGUAUUCGGGAAGGAAGGAGUGAUUACUAAAAUUGGAUGCGGACCUAUUAUUGAUGAGAAGGCAGUGGUGCGCUGCUUGCUCGAUGGAGAGAUUAAUGGUGCUGGUUUGGACGUGUUUGGAAAUGAGCCUAAUGUUCCUAAUGAGCUAUUUGAAUUAGAUAAUGUUGUUCUAUCCCCACAUAGAGCUGUCUUCACCGAGGAAUCUUUCUAG